AUGGACGUUAAAGUUAAGAAUAGGUUUGCUGCUAUUCAGAAAAUUAAUGGUCAUUACAAAGAAAUGAUUAAUAAAAUAAUAGGACAAUUAUCUAAUUGUAACUAUGUCUGCACAACAGCUGAUAUUUGGUCCUCCAAAAAACGAAGUUUUUUAGGUGUAACUUGUCACUGGAUAGACCAAGAUUUAUCAAGACGAUCGGUCGCUUUAGCAUGUCGUAGAUUUGAAGGCACUCAUUCUUUCGACAAAAUUGGGGAACUGAUGGAUGAAAUUCACAGAGCCUAUAAUUUGGAUAAUAAAAAAAAUUUAGCCACUGUCACCGAUAACGGGUCCAAUUUUGUUAAAUGUUUUAAAGAAUUCGGAAUAUUACUUGAUUCACAUUAUAAUGUUGGUAAUGAAAAUGAUCAAACUCAAGAGGGGGAGACGGAGACCGAAGAAACUUUGCUAGAGUUCGAAAGCAUAAUUGAGUCAACUGAUUUAGAGAGAUCAUUUUCACAAACUAGACAAUUUUUGCCCGAACAUUUACGGUGUGCUUCACACACAAUUUAA